GCCGGUUGUGCAGAUCUCCUAGACACUUAUAAAUAGUGUUUGUUUCUUUCAUAUUAAACAAUAAUUAUAGUUACGUCCUGAUGCAAUGGCAUCUGCAUUAGAACAAUUUGUUAAUAAUGUGAGACACCUGUCGACUCAUGGAAACUUUCGGGAACUUUGCGACUAUUUGAAUAAAUCUAGCGAGGUUUUGGUGAAGAACAACCAACUUUUAGAUAAUGUAUUAGAAACGUUAAAUAUUCAACAACAUUCUCUCGGUGUAUUAGCGGUUCUGUGUGCAAAAUUUAGUGCACCAACAACCAGUACACUAGACAAUCGUUAUACCCAAGUUCAAGAAUUUAUUCUUGGAUGUAAUGGCGAACAAAUAAGAUUUGCACCUGAUACAUUUGCCGAGCUGUGCCACCAUUUUACAAAUUAUCUUGUGGAAUUGAAACAACCAAUUAGGGGAAUAGUUUUACUGCAAAAGGCCAUUUCCAAAUUACGAUUGUAUGAUUCUCAGCUAACUUCCAUUCAUGCUGAUUUAUGCCAGUUAUGUUUAUUGGCUAAAGUCUUUAAGCCAGCAAUAGAAGUUUUAGACAUAGAUAUUACUGGAAUAUGUCAAGAGAUUGCACACAAUCCAAAUGGGCCCCAGUUUGAUGCCAAAUAUUUUCUGUUGUACUACUAUUAUGGAGGGAUGAUCUACCUGGCUGUGAGAAAUUUAGACAGGGCUUUAUAUUUCUUUGAAGUAGCAAUAACAACUCCAGCUCAUGCAAUAUCUCAUAUUAUGCUUGAGGCUUAUAAGAAAUAUAUACUUGUUUCACUUUUGCUACAUGGCAAGGUACAAACUGUACCAAAAUAUGCAUCAACAGUUGUAACGCGUUUUAUGAAACCGUUAUCUCAGCCUUACCACGAUUUUGCAAACGCUUUUACGUUGAACAAUGCAACUGAGCUCAAUAAUUUACUUACCAAACACACAGAGGUAUUUGUAAAAGAUCAUAAUAUGGGUCUAGUUAAACAAGUGUCAUCUGUACUGUACAAAAAGAAUAUUCAAAGGCUGACAAAAACAUUUUUAACACUUAGUUUAAGUGAUGUGGCUAGCAGAGUGGGUCUUCCUACUCCAGGUGAUGCGGAGCGACACAUUUUGAGUAUGAUUGAAAACCAACAAAUUUAUGCCACCAUUAAUCAAAAAGAUGGUAUGGUUGUGUUCAGAGAUGAGCCUGAUAAGUUCAGUGGACCAGAAGUACUGAAAGGUCUAGAAGAUCAACUAGCUAUUUGCAUGGAGUUAGACAAACAAAUUUUAGCAAUGGAUGAAGAGAUUCAAGUCAAUCCUCAGUAUGUAAAGAAAUCAUCUGGAAUUCAAGAUGAAGAACAACCUAGCAAAAGUACAUACGCAAUGUAGUCAGUUUUGGUCACUUUACGAAACUUACGUUUAACGUACAUUAAUUAUUUAUAAUUUUCAAAUGCAAAUCUUUUAACAACAAGAGGAAACAUUCAAUGUUCAAAUGUUUUUAUUUUUCAGAAUUGAAAUGUUAUUUAUUUGUUUAUGAUGUCUUGAAUGGAUAUUUAUGUAUAAUAAUAAACUUAUAAAAAUGCA